AUGAUGUACGGGCUGUAUCACUCGACAGGUGCAAACAUAUUAGAAUUUUUUUGCUUCUACCUGAUUCAAAAUGUCGUCCCUGCCGCCCUCAUCAUCACCACCCGAAAAGGCUCUCCCCUACGCUAUCUGUGUAUUCCUGGGAUGAUAUGGAUCGCCAGCCGAUUCAUCCGUCCCUUUGGCGCGUCUGGCAGUCCCACAUGGUGCCAGGCCAUAACUCAACUUGUCAUUGCGACUUUACAGGCAGCAAACCUGUUGUUGCUCAAUCCUCUAACAAGCUCAGAUAUUUCACGCAGCGCAAAGACUAUGCAAAACUUUGGAUCUAGCUUGGUCGCAGCUUUUCGCUUAAUAUCUCAAACUCGCGCUGUCAAUACACACAGGCAGGUGAAGAAUGUGCCCUCUCAUCCAAAGUAUUACCUGCACCGGGGUAUGCAGGUCCCAACACGGGGUCGGUUUUUGCUGCGACAGCUAGCCAUCGUCGCAUGGCAAUGCCUGGUGCUGGAUAUCGUGCAAACGAUAUCGCUUCAGCAGGCUGGGGAACGUGAUCUACAGAAGCCCGUGUCCUCACAAAUCGAAUGGAUUGUGCCUGUGGGGCAAUGGGCAGAGCGAAUAGCUACGCAUCUGUCUAUUUGGUUUGUGGUAAAUCGUCUAAUCAGUGACCUUGCAUACCGAGUGCUCUCAAUUUUCUUCGUUGGCAUCGGUUUAGAUUCACCCACAGACUGGCCACCAGCUUUUGGGAGUAUGGCUGAUGCAUUCACAUUGCGCAACUUUUGGGGAAAAUUCUGGCAUCAAUUCAUGCGCCAGCCCUUCACUUCUCUUGGUAACUUUGUCGCACGAGAUGCUUUGAAUCUUACUCGAUCGUCAGUACUGGAGAGAUACACCAACCUUUUCAUUGUAUUUCUUGUCUCUGCGAUAUUCCAUGUCAUUGUUGAUAUACUGCAGAGCAUUCCAAUGGAAAGUUCUGGCUCGAUACCAUUCUAUUUAGCCUUUGUCCUGGGCAUAAUGAUCGAGGAUGGUGUGCAAAAUAUUUGGAAGCGGGUACAAACACCAGAUAACGAGCAAGGGACAGCGAAGCAAUCAUCAGGCAUCGUGCCACUGUGGACGCGAGCUGCUGGGCUGGUAUGGGUCAUGCUAUGGCUUGGUGUCACCUCGACGUGGUACUUUACUCCGAUGAUUCAAUCCACGAAUGAUGAUCUGCGGGUGAUUCCUUUCAGCAUUGCCAAGUAUAUCGGCUUGGAGGGACUCAUAGGUCUCGUCGUGGGUAGUGGAGUUGGCAUUGCAGUCAUGUUUGAGGUCGACAUAUGA